CCAAAGUGCAUGAACCGAGCCACCCUCGUAACUCCUAACCUCUAUAAAUACCUUCCAACUGUCUUACUUCUUUCCCCAUCCCCAUCCCCAUUUUCCAUUUCUCAACUCCCAUAUCCCAUCUUCCUUGCAACUAUGCCUUCUUCUUCACUAUUUAUCGUUUCUAAAUCCACUAUUUACCCCAACGAUCAUCAAUCACUUAACAACACUUUAAAACUCUCCGUCUCUGAUCUUCCUAUGUUAUCAUGUCAGUAUAUUCAGAAAGGCGUUUUAUUGACCCAAUCUCCUUUCGAAUCCUCUAUUUCUCUCAUUUCUCAUCUCGAAAUUUCCCUUGCCAAAACCUUAGCCCAUUUCCCUCCCCUCGCAGGCCGUUUAAUUACGGACUCUCAGGGGUACGUUUACAUCGUUUGUAACGAUGCUGGUGUAGAUUUUGUACAUGCAAAAGCACCCCACCUCAAUCUCUCAACACUUGUUCCACAAAAUCAAGCAGAUAUUCCGAUUUAUUUUCGAAAGUUCUUCCAAUUUGAUAGUACUUUGAGUUAUGCUGGGCAUAAUAAACCCUUAAUGGCUAUUCAAGUUACUGAACUAAAUGAUGGUGUAUUCAUCGGAUGUACGAUGAAUCACGCCGUCGUUGAUGGUACUUCCUUUUGGAAUUUCUUCAAUACUUUUGCUGAAUUUUCAAAAGGCGAGAAGAAGAUUAGUAGGCAGCCGAGUUUUAACCGUAAGACGGUGUUUGAUUCACCGGCGGUGUUGAAGUUCCCGGACGGUGGACCGUCGGCUACUUUCUCCGGCGACGAGCCGAUCCGUGAAAAGAUCUUCCAUUUCAGCCGUGAAGCCAUAUUGAAACUGAAGUAUAGGGCAAAUAGAACGGCUGUUAACGGUAAGGUUAACGGAAAGAUAACACCAGUUAAUGACGAGCCGGCUUUGAAAAACGGCUCGGCUACGGCUUCGGAGAUUUCGUCAUUUCAGUCAUUGAGUGGUCAAUUAUGGAGAUCGGUGACACGGGCUAGGAAAUUGGACGGGAACAAAACGACGACGUUUAGGAUGGCGGUUAAUUGUCGCCAUCGGCUGGAGCAAAAGAUGGAGCCACUGUAUUUUGGGAACGCCAUUCAAAGUAUCCCGACCGUUGCUUAUGUUAAGGAGCUGUUAUCUAACGACUUAUAUUGGAGCGCGAAUCAGCUACAUCAAAAUGUAGUGGCGCAUGGUGAUUUCACUGUGCGCCGUGGUGUGAAGGAUUGGGAAAGUAAUCCUAGGUUAUUUCCUCUUGGUAAUUUUGAUGGAGCUAUGAUUACUAUGGGAAGUUCACCUAGGUUUCCAAUGUACGAUAAUGAUUUCGGGUGGGGCCGACCUGUCGCGGUCCGAAGUGGUAUGGCUAAUAAAUUUGAUGGUAAGAUCUCCGCUUUCCCUGGACGAGAAGGAAAUGGAACCGUUGAUCUUGAAGUGGUUUUGGCACCCGAGACAAUGGCGGGACUUGAAGAGGACAUGGAAUUUAUGCAGUAUGUUUCUUAAUGGUGUUUGUCUAUUAAUGUGCAAAAAAUUCAGGCUUAAUGUGUUUAAAUGAAAAAUUGGUUGAGUUUGUACAUCGAGAUGACAAAUGGGUGCAAGUUUAGGUUGUUGCCAUUAGGCUAUUUCGCCAAUUGUGUUUUUUGUAUUUAACAAAGUGUGUGAAGGUUAAAUUGAACAACAAUGAUCAAGAGAACACUUGAAAUCUUGAAGGGCAAAAA